AUGGGUGACGCCAUGGCUAGUGAAAAGGGCGACAUCAGUAGUAGGGACGUGAUGGACAUUGGGCUAGGCGAUGCUGGAGGCAGGCAGGAUGGUGCCAGCAACGUCGAAGGCACUGGCGAUGCCAAAAAGGGCGCUGGUGACACCACUGGAGCAGGUGACGCCGCUAGCACAUGCAAUACGGGGAGUUGGGUGAUGGCGCUGGCAUCAGUGGGUAGCUGGUUUGCAUCAGUAGAGGGCAGCAGGUUGGCGUCAGCAUGUUAG